AUGCGUGGCGGCCGCAUUGGCGGAAACCAGGUGAAACAACGACGGACUGCGUCAACCGAAGCUACAAAGAACCGUCCCUAUGGGGUCACUACUCUCGCAAGUUCCAUUGCGGAAUCCCAUCUCUUGGACGAGGCGGUACGGCAGCAUUCGAUCAGUAUUCAUCACCUGAUCAGUCCUUCGCAUGAAGCGUCAUCUCCCAGGUCUCAGGGAAUAGUACCCGUUGCCGACCAACUAGUGAAAGUGACCGAAGACACUCUUAAGUCUGCCUGCAGUGACCUUGGGGUCACACUAGAGUUCAUGAAACGAACAGUGGGCAAUUUCUUUCGUACUUUCACCUCAUAUGGCCUUUUCCGAGAGUCCACGUUUGCCUCGAAGCUCAGCCAAAUCGCAACCCCUUUGCAAUUGAAAGCGCUACUUGCAGCCAUAUUUAUUUUCGGCGGCAAAGGCGACGUCGACGGGCACAGCAAAGCUCUAUCUAGAUCUCACUUUGGUGACCUAGCCAACGACUAUAUUGACAAAGUCUUGGAAGAAUGCGGAGACGAUCAACCUCCACUGUGUCUCCUUCAAGCAAAGAUUCUUGUGACCCAUUGGAUGAUUGUCAAGGGCGUCCGUGGUCGGGCAUGGAGGUCUCUUGGGCUCUGUAUCCGGAUCGCCUUUGAGCUCGGGCUAGACUCUGUGGACUCAGACGUGGUCCCCAACAGCAGCCCUAUCGACCUCAACCGAUGGUGCGAGGACGAAGAGCGGCGACGGGCAUUUUGGGCGCUCUAUGAGAUCGACACCUUCGCUACGGUCAUCAAGCAGGUUCCGAACGUGACCAACUGGACUCCAAACAAAGUCUUGCUCCCGGCAGACGACGACCGAUGGUUUCAAGGCAAGUACCAGCAAAGCAGUUUCCUCCAUCAUGACUUUAUUGAGCGACCCAAAUCUCUUCAGCAAACGGGAACGAAGUCGGCAAGAGCAUGGUUCCUUGUGCUCAUUUCCUUCUUGGCGGAGGCGAACUCGAUGGCCCGUCCUACUGGUAAGCGAAACUAUCAUUCCCCUGGAAAGAAAGUCACUGCUUCUGAGGUUGAAAGUGACACCGCAACGAGGUCUCAUAACAAUCGCAUGGCGAUGCUCAACUCUAUUCAUCUUUAUCUCCUCGUCGUGCCACCCAAUCUCAAGUUCCAUGGGCAGAUACUGGACUUCGGAGCGCAGAUGACUGACCCGAAUUUGACUACAUCACACCUCUACUGGCAGACUGCAAUCUACAAUGUCGCAAUUCUGGCUGAAGUGGUCAAGCUUCUCGCGCUGAGGCCAUUCGUCUUCGAGAAAUAUGUGCAAAGGCUCCGAAAGAUGACAACAAAAGGGAGCGACAGCUUAUCUACUGAUAAUCCUGUCUCACUCUCAGGGUUGUCUGGCCAAGAACUCCACCAGUGCUUCCACGCCUCAGACGCCAUGCUGAAUGUGAUGCUCAACUGCUCGGAGCUGCACUACCAGUAUCUAAAUCCGUGUAUUGCACAUGCAUCCUGGUUGGCUGCGACGGUGAAACUGCUGCAACAGGAAUUGACGGACGACGAAAGCGAGAGGAGAUUGAUUCGAUCACAAUUCGAGAUCUUGAAAGUCAUCAAUACCCGAUUUAUUCAAUACUGGGAGAUGCCGAGCGUGCUCAGGCAAAAUCUCGACCAGCUCGCUAUGCGAUUGAAGCAAUUCACCGCCCGGUCGAGUGGUGUGGCCGAAGGGGAGAGUAUCUCUGCUGAUCAAGUCAGGGAUUCCUCCCGUUCGGAGGCAGGGCAACAGAGAAAUAACCCCGGCGGUGCCCCUAUGUCGCACGUCAACGAGCCUCACGGUUCAGAGAAUAGAUCCAGGUACACUGCUUCGUCAGAUCUUGAUGUCGUGCCGGGGUUGAACUGCGGAACGCUCGAGCUUCCUGCCUUGUCAAGGGAAGGAAGUCAAACCAACUCCCUAGUAGUAGAGACUCACUACCUGCAACAGCAUGAAGCACCGCAAGGAGUGCUUAAUACUCCUCCUGCUGAAAUUAACCUGCCGUGGCAGCCUGACUCAUUUUCGACGGGAUCUAACUUCAAUGAUCCAGAACUAUUGUUUUACGGCCACAACCACACCUUGGCCGAUUCGACUGUUCUUACCAACGAGUCGACAUUGCGGCUCGACACGAUUCCGACUUCAUGGUCUGAAUUCAGCGCGCCCGGAGUGUCGUGUGCUGUGACAAACAACGGCAUCGAAAAUGUGAAUGGUCAGGCCGACUUCGCCUACGACGAUAUCGGCGGAGAACUCUCGAAUUAUCUCGACGAUAUAUAUUCUGGCCCAUUUUCUGGCUAA